CUCAGUCACCAGGGAGGUUUGAUACGUCUGCCCUGCCGUACGGUAUGACGUCGCACGUGACCGCGGUUUUAUAAGCGGAGGCCGCGGCGGCGGCGUGUCACUCCCUUCGUCCGGCCAGGAUGGCGUCUUGUAGUCGUGGAGAUCCAUUACCCAGAGUGCAGUGUCCAAACCAUCCAGAUGCCAUACUGGUAGAAGAUUACCGUGCUGGUGAUAUGAUCUGUCCAGAAUGUGGACUGGUUGUAGGUGAUAGGGUUAUAGAUGUUGGCUCAGAAUGGCGAACGUUUAGUAAUGACAAAGCAACAAAAGACCCAUCUCGAGUUGGUGAUGCCCAGAAUCCACUGCUAAAUGGUGGGGAUUUGUCAACUAUGAUCGGAAAGGGUACUGGAUCAGCAAGCUUUGAUGAGUUUGGGAAUGCAAAAUACCAAAAUCGUCGGACAAUGAGUAGCUCUGAUCGAGCAAUGAUGAAUGCAUUUAAGGAAAUCAGCAAUAUGUCUGACAGGAUAAAUCUGCCCAGAAAUAUAGUUGAUCGAACAAAUAAUUUAUUUAAGCAAGUGUAUGAACAAAAGAGCCUAAAGGGAAGGAGUAAUGAUGCCAUUGCCUCUGCCUGUUUGUAUAUUGCCUGUAGACAAGAAGGUGUGCCACGGACGUUCAAAGAAAUUUGCGCAGUGUCCAGAAUUCCGAAGAAGGAAAUCGGCCGCUGCUUCAAGUUAAUUCUGAAAGCUCUGGAAACCAGCGUGGAUCUAAUCACCACAGGAGACUUUAUGUCCCGGUUCUGUUCAAACUUGGGAUUGCCUAAACAGGUACAAAUGGCUGCAACUCACAUCGCGAGGAAAGCUGUGGAACUGGAUUUGGUCCCUGGCAGAAGCCCAAUUUCUGUGGCUGCAGCAGCAAUUUAUAUGGCUUCACAAGCUUCUGCAGAUAAAAGGACACAGAAAGAAAUUGGAGACAUUGCUGGUGUGGCUGAUGUCACAAUCAGGCAGUCCUACAGGCUCAUCUAUCCACGGGCCGCUGACCUUUUCCCUGCUGAAUUUAAAUUUGAUACUCCAGUGGACAAGCUGCCCCAGUUAUAAUCUGAACCAGUCUGCACACAAUGUACACAGUAAUUGUUUUAAAAUUUGAAAAACAAUCACCAUUUUUCCCCUACUUAGAACAUUUGAAACAAAUUAAUAUUAUCACUGAUUUUUGAAACCUACUUGGGUGAACAACUUGAGAACCAAUGAGGCUAUGUAGCAGCAGAGGAUUAUGCUCUCUCCAAAUGCAGCACAUACAUUCCGAGGCUGAAUUUCAAGACUGUUUGUACUUGCCAGAUAAUUUGUAUAUUUGCAAGUUAGGAAUUUAUACUUAAAUAGAUCAUUACUUUGUAUAUAAUAUGCAAAUUGGGGAUAUUGUGAAAGGCUGCUGACAGAUUGGCUCAUUCACAGAAUUUUUUGGUUGAACUCCUAACUUGUAAUUUGACAGACCUAUCUUCAGGUUAGUUAGAUGCUUGUCUUUAAUAAAAGGACAUUUUCUGUUG